AUAAGCUCRCUGCGCUUAUAAAUAUAAAAUAUUUGAAUACAAAAAUAAAUAUGAAAUAAAUUAAAAGGCGAAUGAAGUGGUGAGCAGCAGCAAAAAGCAAGAAAGAGUGGGUGACUUUGUUCGAAGCUUCUACCACAUGUAUUUCUGUAAAUAUAUCCUAUAUAUAUAUAUCUAUAUAUUUGAGAAAAAAUAUUGCCAAUAAUUUAAAAAGUGUGUGGCGGCGUAAAGUGGGUGCAGAGCAGCACAACAAAUACAAGCGAAAACAAACAAAUAGCAAAAGAAAUUGAAAAAAAAAGCAAAAAGGAAACAAAAAAUCGAAAAACAAAAACAAUAAAAACUGCAAACGAAAGAAUUUAUUGCGACAAGGAGUUGUAGUGGGUUGACAUUUGUGCGACUUUGUGCGAUCGUGUGUGCGUGUGAAUCAAUGUGCCUGUUUACAAACACUCACACAUCCAAAUAAAACCACCAAAGGGAGACAGCCGUCGGCUGAACAAAGUGUAGUGCAGUGUAAGCACUGUCGGCGCGGCGUGCGACGCGGCAUUGCUGUGCCCUGCUGAUGUGGUGUGCUGAGUUCUACGGCCCGCUGCUGAUGAUCUAAGAUUUCUUAUUUUAUUCUUCCAUAAUGGCAGAAAUCAUAACAUCAACUGUAAAUGUCUAAAGCUCGAAGUGUUUGUUGUAAGUGUGCCUAAAGUGUAAAGUUUGAGCUUCAAUUUCAUCUCAUAAUAAUUCUUCACCAUCGAAAGGAAAUAAGCAAAAGAGGCACAAUGACUGCCACAUCACAUAAAUGGGACAAAUUGUCGCCACGCGAGUUUCAACAGCUGCAAGAAUUGGCGUCAUAUUCAACAAGAAAGCUACAGGAUGUGUUGCAGGAUUUUUGUGCACCACAUGCCUCACCCAAAUUUAAUCCCGAUGGGGACAUUGACUACGAUGGCUUUCGCUGCUUCCUCGAUGCCUUUCUCGACUGCGAGACACCAGUCGACUUGGCCAAACAUCUAUUCGUUUCCUUCCUCAAGCCGAACGUCACACAGUCGCAGCUGCAUGGCAAGGCGCUCAAUCAGAUGGCAGCCAUUAGCAGUACGACGGCGUGUGCGGCCGUCACAUCGCACACGAAGGGCUCCAUACCGAAUAUCAGCAGUAUUGCUGAAAUUGCAGCGCCAGUGGCAAGCGAAGCGCGUCACACCUUCGUGGAGAAGAUUCAUGGCAUCACCGAUAAGCUGCACUCAUUGAGCGGCCAUUUGACACAUGAUCCUAGCAAAACGGGCAGCGUACAUCCGAUGGUAACGGUUACGCCCAGUCCACUUGCGAGUGGCCCGUCCAUAUUCCAGAGCAGCGCUGCAGCGCGCCGUUCCGUCGACUCGAGUCCAUCGCAUUCGCAAGCGAAUCAUUCACAGAUGUCACGUAACUCAUCAAAGAAGAGCAACAAUUCGGUUAAUUGCAAAAUCGAUACUGAUAUCAAACUUUUAGCACGCAAACUUUCACACUUUGAUCCGUUGACGCUGAAGGUGCCGCUCAAGGAUGUCGUCUGCUAUUUGUCAUUGCUGGAAGCUGGACGACCGGAAGAUAAGCUUGAAUUUAUGUUUCGUUUAUACGACACCGAUGGCAAUGGUGUCCUGGAUACGGCCGAAAUGGAUGCGAUUGUUAAUCAAAUGAUGGCUGUUGCCGAAUAUCUUGGCUGGGAUGUCAGCGAAUUGCGACCGAUUCUACAAGAUAUGAUGGUGGAAAUUGACUAUGAUGCCGAUGGAACUGUUUCACUGGAAGAAUGGCAGCGUGGCGGCCUAACAACCAUUCCACUGCUCGUGCUCUUGGGCGUUGACAAUACGGCACUGAAGGAGGAUGGCAUUCAUGUGUGGCGCUUAAAACAUUUCAGCAAGCCAGCAUAUUGUAAUCUCUGCCUGAAUAUGUUGGUCGGCCUCGGCAAAAAGGGUCUCUGCUGUGUGUUAUGCAAAUACACGGUGCACGAACGUUGCGUGCAACGUGCUCCACCCUCCUGCAUCACCACCUACGUAAAAACAAAGAAAGCCAAGGGUGGCGGCGACAUGUUGCAUCACUGGGUCGAUGGCAAUUGCUACGGGCGCUGCUCCAAGUGUCGCAAACGCAUUAAGGCAUAUCACGGCAUCACCGGCUUGACGUGUCGCUGGUGCCACAUGAUGCUACACAAUCGCUGCGCCUCUUCGGUCAAAAAGGAAUGUACUUUGGGCGAAUAUGCGGAUUUAAUUAUACCGCCAACGGCCAUCUGUCCGGCGGUCUUGGAUCGCCAGCGCUCGGUAAAUCAAGCGAAUAAAGCUACACAUUUUCAAAUUACACCGCCGAAUGAGAGCAGCUGUCCGUUGUUGGUAUUUGUGAAUCCAAAGAGUGGCGGUCGGCAGGGUGAUCGUAUAUUGCGAAAAUUUCAAUAUAUGCUCAAUCCGAGACAGGUGUAUGAUCUCUCGAAAGGUGGACCGAAGGAAGGUUUGACUUUAUUCAAAGACAUGCCGAACUUCAAGGUAAUUUGCUGUGGUGGUGACGGCACGGUUGGCUGGGUGCUCGAAGCGAUGGAUUCCAUUGAACUCGCCACACAACCGGCCAUUGGCGUCAUACCACUAGGCACUGGCAACGAUUUAGCGCGCUGUCUGCGCUGGGGUGGCGGCUAUGAAGGCGAAAAUAUACCCAAGCUAAUGGACAAAAUUAAGCGCUCGUCCAUUGUAAUGUUGGAUCGUUGGAGUAUUGAGGUGACGAAUGCGGCGCCUGUGGCGGAAAUACUACGACCAAAGGUCACGCUCCACUCAAAUAUGCAGAAAGUGAUUGAGCUAUCGCAGAGUGUUGUGGUCGAAAAGGCGCUUYUCGAGAAAUUCGAGGAGUUCCACCGCAGUACUAGCGUUUGCAUGAACAUGUGUAGCGGCAGCAGCAGCAAACAGGAGAACAUGACCACAACGGCAUCCACGUCAUCGAUGAAUUCGUCGAUUACCACGGCAACCGAAUACGCCACAGAUGCGGUUGGCAGUGGCAUGCGAGGUACGAGUGUCGGCGGUGCGGGAAGUGGCAUUGCGGGCAAUGGUGGUGAUGGUAGUGGAUGUGGCAAUGUGGGUCGCGCAACCAAAAGCAUAUCAAUGUCGACAUUCGAAACGAAGCGCACGCUGACAACACUCAGCAAUAGUAGCAGCAGUUGCAGCAGUACGAGCACAAUUAUUAGACAACAAAAGCAACAACAACAGCACGAGGAACAGGAGCGCCAAAGGGAGCGACGCGAACGAACGCAAUCAGAAGACUUGCAAUCACCUGGCACACCGCAAAAGCCGGAAAUGGCUAAAAGCGUCGACGGCGAUGCAAUUGAUGAUGCUAGCAACAACAAUGACAACGAUAAAACGAACAAUCGUGUUGUGAAUCGCACCGAACGCCAUUCAAUACACGCGCCUGCGGUGGCAACAGACAUUCCAAAUAAUCCGGCAGCUGAGCAAAAAAGUGAAGUAGAAGCUGCGAUGGCGCCAGAACAAUUACAGACACCUCCCAGCGCGAAAAGCAUAUCAACAACAACAGAAAGGGAACAUAACGAACUUAGCGCUGCAUCGAUGAAAGCGACCACCGCUGCAACCAUCAGCGCCACUCCUGAAACAUCUGCCCCCACCGCACCCAUUAGUCACAUUAACAACGAUAUAGAGCUCGCAGCAGCGGCAGUGGCUAUAGCAGAGGUAUCGACUGCCGCUGACAGCUCGACAGUGCCACACACGCCAUUGUCACCGACAUCGCCAUUACCGAUCUCUUCGGCAUCGCCCAAAUAUUCCCCUACACCAUCUGGCACCAUUGGCGCACCAGAGCCGGAAACAUUAGCAGCAGAUGCAGAACCCACAACACCGUCCACAUUGACUUCGUCCAGCAGUGCAGCAGCGAAAAGUCAGACUGUCAUAUCUCUGCCCAAACAGAUUAAGGUGCAGCCGGAAAAAGAUUGCACAGUGCCCUAUAAUAUCAUCAACAAUUACUUCUCAGUCGGUGUGGAUGCCGCAAUCUGCGUUAAAUUCCACUUGGAGCGCGAGAAGAAUCCGCACAAAUUCAACAGUCGCAUGAAAAACAAGUUGUGGUACUUUGAAUAUGCUACUUCAGAAACAUUUGCGGCGUCAUGCAAGAAUCUGCACGAGAAUAUCGAAAUUGUGUGCGACGGUGUUUCACUAAAUUUAGCCAAUGGCCCACAUCUACAAGGCGUCGCCCUGCUAAACAUUCCUUACACACAUGGCGGCUCGAAUUUGUGGGGUGAACAUCUGUCACAGAAACGUAUACGCAAAAGCGCUGGUCCAUUUCGUAAAGGGAAAAAACUUAAAUCUUCGGAUAAAGAACUAUCGGCGACAAGUUUUACAUCUGUGGACUUAUCAGUUGCAACGCAAGAUUUUGGCGAUCGUCUGAUUGAAGUUAUUGGUUUGGAAAAUUGUCUACACAUGGGUCAGGUGCGCACCGGUUUACGCGCCUCCGGUCGACGUUUGGCGCAGUGUAGUGAGGUCAUUAUUAAAACGAAGAAAACAUUUCCAAUGCAAAUCGAUGGUGAACCAUGGAUGCAGGUACCUUGCACGAUAAAAGUCACUCAUAAGAAUCAAGUUCCUAUGCUAAUGGCACCACGUUCCGAAAAGGGUAGAGGCUUUUUCAAUUUACUAUGCAGCUGAUUUCGGCGAAGCGUUUCCGCUAGUAGUUCCAUAGGGCAGCCACUAAUGGAACGACACCAACAACAACACAAAGAAACCACCGUCCAACACAUAGAAUAGCUUUAAUUUUAAUGCAUUACAAAGAAGUAUGCGGAAAAAGGAAAAGGAAAUGAAGUAAACGAACAAAAGAAAAAUAGUGAUGUCAGUAUGUGUGAAACAAAGAAAUACAAAUGUUAAAGAUGUUAAAUACAACCUAUUACAUAUACAUAUAAUGUAUAAAAAUAGCAACAAGUUUUAAAAGCGAAGAACUACAAAUUUUAACGCAUUCAUAUAGUGAGCUUUAAUUUAUU